CUAAACCAGCCCCUCCCGAGUGCUCCUCGUGUUUCUAUAGUAAUUUCUAACCAAUGAUCAGUAGGUGUCCACAUCCUAGCUUCCUCACCUCAGCACCAAUCAGCCACACACAGAGACAGGACCGAGCUAACACUAGGCAGCCACACACGAUACACCUCGGACCAAGCAGAGGAAACACCUAAAACGCACCGUUAUUUCCCGACUACGGCGCCAUGGUUUUAUAAUAAUAAACCGUUGGUUUUUUUCCCUCUGAAAGCUCGAUAGGCUAUCACUUGGAGUUUGCAAUUUUUUCUACUUUUCUCAAGCCAGGAAAAUAAGUCUGUAAAAAUGCUCCUUUUAAUUUGAGCGCAGUUUUUCAGUGUGUGCCUGUGCUCUUCCCACAUCCUCGCGUUAUUUUUUUCUCCAUCGCGCCUUGCCGUAAUGUGCCGCUCUGUGUUGGCAGCAGACUGCUAGGCGUCUGGAAUCUCUUCUCGCCAGGAACCUGUACUGGAGGAGACAGAAGCAGGAUGAUAACAUAUUGUUGGUGGUAACCAGCAGCUUCUAGUUUGACGAAGGCCACCGUUGACGGCGACCCCAGACUCUUCCCCAGUGAACCCUGCUCAACCGUCCUCCAGCCAUGUCUAAUAUAAACAAUGCUCUCUGCAUUGAGAACGGACAGAACGCAGACUUGUCCCUCUUACAAAAGGAUAACCUUCAGAACCUUCAGAACCUGCAGAACUUGCAGAACCUCCAGGAUGGUGGAUUAAGCCAGCUUUUGGAUUAUAACGCCGAGAUGGAACGGUACCGCUCUUUUGCAAACUUUUACAAAACCAACGGCGCGUUCGGCCAGACGGCCAAGAUCGCCCGCAUCACGACGCCCAUUUUCCCCAGCGCCCGGAUCGGCAUGUCCCCGUGGAACUGCGAUAACGCCAUGCUCUGGGGGAGGAAAUCGGCGACAAUAAACCCUAAUAGGACCAGCAUGCACAGGAAUGACUCCCAGAGGCCGGGGAAGCAUGGCGCGCCGCCAGAAACGCUACAGCAAAUGGCAAAUAAUAAUUUCCUCUCUAGCUUAUCCCCCGAACACUGCAGACCUUUAGCAGGAGAAUGCAUGAACAAGCUAAAUGCGGCGCCGGCAAAAGCAGAGAUAAUGAAUCUCCAGGAACGUGUCGGAACUUUUUCCGCCAUUCCAGCUUUAGGGGGCAUCUCAUUACCUCCCGGGGUCAUCGUCAUGACAGCCCUUCACUCCCCCGCAGCCUCGGCAGCCGUUACAGACAGUGCGUUUCAAAUUGCCAAUCUGGCAGACUGCCCACAGAAUAAUUCCUCGGCAUCCGGCGGGAACCCUGCGAAGAAGAAAAGGAAACGGUGUGGGGUGUGCGCGCCCUGCAGGCGGCUAAUCAACUGCGGCGUGUGCAGCAGUUGUCGGAACCGUAAGACGGGCCACCAGAUCUGCAAGUUCAGGAAAUGUGAGGAGCUGAAAAAGAAACCCGGCUCGUCGCUGGAGGUAGGUCCGUGUUUUCCUAGACUGGUCCCUGAUCUGUUGACAAAGACCUUAGGCGUUGGCUAUACAGCCUGGGACCAGAGGACACCAGUCAACAAUGGCGAGGCAUUCCGGUGGUUCUUUUAGAGCGCCCGACCUCGGUGACAUCAUCAUGCAGUAUGAGGUCAGAGGUCCAGAUAGAACUCUGAUGACAUCACUGCAGGAAGCACUUGUGGGGGCUCAAAGAACCCAAACAACUCAAAACA